GCGCACAGGUUGGCUAUAAAAGGCGGCAGAGCGGGAGCCGCCGCUUCAGUCCGCGGGAGCGUGUUGUGGCGCGGGUCCAGAUCGCAGGACCGUCUUGCGCCCAGGUUCCGGAUCGCGGGACCACGGCUCCGGGGGUUCUUCUCUCAGCUUCUCACCACCGUCUUCGCUCCUGACUUGUUUCUUCUCUUUCCCCCCCCCCCCCCCACCCCACUUUGUUGCCCGCCAGCUUCCCGUCGCUACCGCUUUGAUAUGCGCCUGGUCCAGAACAUGUCGACGAUCCAGGAGUAUGGACCUGCGGAAUAUACGCCCAGCAACCGGGUGAUCAAGAUCGCGGUGAUCGGCGGCAGCGCCGUGGGCAAAACGGCUUUGGUGGUGCGGUUUUUAACCAGAAGGUUUAUUGGCGACUACGAAAGAAAUGCGGGUACAUUAUAUUCCAGACAAGUACAAGUAGAUCGAGAGCAACUUGCACUUCAAGUUCAAGACACACCAGGUGUUCAGAUAAAUGGACAGAGUCUGAGCUGCAACGAGCUGCUUAACAGAUCCAUACAGUGGGCUGAUGCAAUUGUGUUAGUCUAUUCAAUCACAGACUACAAAAGCUAUGAAAUGAUUAGUCACCUCCAUCAACAUGUCUGCCGUGUACAUCCAGAAAACAGAGUUCCUAUCAUAAUUGUAGGAAACAAGGCUGACCUCCUUCAUGCUAAACAAGUGGAACCUCAUCAUGGCCUCCAGUUAGCAAACAUACUAGGAUGCACCUUCUAUGAGGUCUCAGCCAGUGAAAACUAUAAUGAUGUGUACAAUGCAUUUCAUGUGCUUUGCAAAGAAAUUAGUAAACAACAAAUGAGCAGCAAUGCUGAAAAAAGAAAAACUUCUAUUAUACCCAGGCCAAAAUCACCAAACAUGCUAGAUCUAAGGCGGCGUUUCAAGCAAGCUCUUUCUGCAAAAGUAAGGACUGCAACAUCUGUCUGAGGUUGACAGCUGAAGAUCCUGGUAUCUGAGGUGUUUGGUCAUUGAUUUGUAAAUUACUGUGACAAAUCAACCUGAGCAUAAAGAUCUGGAAAGCCAAGGUUAUACCAGAAACUGAGUGACAUGCCUGGAACAGACUGCCCAUACUUGGAUCUUUGAUCGUUGCCAAUUAGUGAUUUUUGAAAAUGGGUAUUUCAGUGAUCACUGCUAUUCUAUUGAAUAUGGUGGAAGCAGAUCUAAAGUAUCUGAAGUUGACUUCUGAGCUCCCUGUUGGAUGCCUUGUAGGGUUUGUUAAUGCAGUUUUUGUAGUGAAUUUUGAAAAAUGUGUAGUGAUGGAUGGCCAGGUGGGACAAAGCUAUUUCAAAUGAGUCUUUCUGUUAAUCCCUGUUAUCAAUCAAAAAUAGAUCAGUUUGACUGCUUGGUACCACCAGUUGCUCUGUUUUAUAAUACUGUUUCACCUCAUUGAAUGCAAGGGUAAUCCUGUUCCUCUUUGGGUAGUGGGAAUGCAUGGCAGGAAUUCAAAGUUUUGAGCUAGCUUUGUUUAAAUAAAGCUACUACAUAGGCCACAUAGUUUUGUUUCCAUUUCAUUUUGGCCAGUAGGAAGUAGUAUUUGGUGCUGUUCAAAAUGAUGUGCUUCAGUCCCCUCCCCCAUAGUGAUCAUGAAAGGAUAUGAAAAUAUUGAUCGAAGUACGAUAGAAGCACCUGCAAUCUCAUCCCACCCCCAAAACAAAGCUUUGAAAUUGCAGGAAUUCAAAUUGGAGUUGGUUAAAUAAAACUAGGUGUUGUCCACCUGAGCUUUGAGAUCUGACCUGUCUUAAUGGGAUAGCUUUCCUACAGUCUUAAGUGCAAUGGGCUUGGGAACCUCCUUCUAAAUGCACUUUAUAGAAGCCAUGUUCUUUGAUCUCUGCAGCAGGGAUUCCUCUCUGAAGGCCAUGCACUUUCCAGCUUGUUGACAAAUAAACAGUUUGAACCCAGUGUCCUAGUUUUUUAUGAAAGAUUUAUUUACUUUCACAGAAUUGGAUGUUUACCUUAUCCUUUGUCAAGCCAGAGUGUGCUCAUUUGCUGUUUGUUUUGCUGCCUUCCAAUCAUUGUAAUGUCAGCUGGGUUCCAAGCAUACUUGUGUGACCAAGUGUUUCAACCAUAUCUAAUCCUAACAAUUGUAGUUUUUGAAUUCCAUGUUUGUAUAGUGGGUCACUUAUACCUGCUACUUCUCCAGUCAGGCCAGAGCUUGUGCUGUUUCUUGCAUUUAAAAGCUGUUCUUCUCAAUUAAGUAUAUUUAAGUGCACCUGAAAGUGUCUAAGAAAAUACAUGUCACUGAACAUUUUAGGCAAAAUUAUGAUUUUUGUAAAGUAUUUAAUAUCUUUGCCUCUUAGCCAUUUAGUACAAUUAAUGUAGACAAAUGGAAGUUGACCAUUUUAGGAUGGUAUUCCAUUCCUGAAGUCUUUCACUGAACACAAUGGUAUGUUAUUUCUGAUAUUUGGGUUUUUUAAAAGCAGGAGUACCUUGUGUAUAUAGAGUUCUAAACUUUAAAGCUAGUGUAAAAUAUAGAAACUGCUUUGAAAGUUCUGAGAUGAGUUUUACUUGUUCUUUGGCCUUGAUAAAAUGACAAGUAGUUAUUCACAUGGAACACUUGAAGGUUGGGCAGGUUAUUUUACCAUUAUUGUUUCAUCUCCCUUCCAACAAAAGGGUGUUCAGGCAAAUUGCAGCAUUUCCUUGUGUAGUAUUUUUUAAAUAAUAUGUGAAUGACUCAGCUAUAUGAUGUAUAAAUUUAAUUAUUAGGGGAAGGAUCUGAUGCAUUAGCUAUAUUAUAAAUUUCCCUUGUAACUGAUUUUACAUCACUGAAAGGUGUAUUAAAUGUGCUUAAAGUUAAAAUUACAUUCCAUUUUUCCAACCAUUUAGUACACAAAAACCUGUAAAUGCUAACCACAUUUGGCUGCUAUAUUUAAAUAACAUCUGACUUGAAUUUACAAACUAACUUUAUUCUUGUCCUGUGAUGACUAAGGUAACUUGCAGAUGUUCCAAGCCACUUUUAUAACUUCAGAUGCUUAAGAACUGCUUCAUUAAGCAUGGAAAUCAUACAGCAAGGUGCUCUUUGUUCCACCUGACCAUCAAUUUACACAUCCCAUUCUAUCACUCUCACAUAUUUGGAAUAAUUUACAAAGGACUAACACACCAAUCUAUAAUCUUUGGCAUCUGGUAGGAAACUGGAGCACUGUUUAUCCCCUGCCCCCAACGUGGGCACAAGGAACAUGUGCAAACUCCCAACACCACCAGGUCUCAGGACUGAACACAAUACCCCAAGAAACUUAAUUAUAAAGACUUUGGAAUUUAAAUUUGCUUACAUAAAUAGCUGGAUUAAGUCUUGUUGGUUUAAGAAUAUUUCUAAUCUUGAAAUUUGCAUUACCUAAGCAAUACAUUUUAUGUCAACUAUUAAAGUACAAUUGAAUACAGGAGCUCCAGUUUCUUUAAAUUAUCAGAAAUAUUUAUUGAUAUGAGUACUGAUGAAUACAGCUGUUUCAAGAGUGAUUAUUCCAGAUCUCCCUCACUGCCUGUUUCUGCUAGAGUUCCUAACAUUUUGAUUACUUGAAAUAUGUAUCCUGAGGAAGCUGGCUUAUGAUCCAUUAUGUAUCUAUAGGUGUUCUCUCCUUGUUCUUUCCCUCCCCAACCCUAGGAUGAAACUGAAGGACAGCAUAUGACCACCAAAAUGCAGUUAAAAGAUAAUAGCAAUUUCUGUAUAUGGUCUUGUGUAAAUUAUAGUAAACAAUUUUAGCACUCAUUCCAAGUGCUACACUUGUUGCAGAGAACUGAGCUAGGAACAUCAAUGGAAUUAUUCUGAUUAUCCUUUAACUUCAGUGAAAACCUUGCAUACAAAUGGAAUUUCCAGCAACAUUUCACCUUUGUGCUUCAUAGUUGCCCUGCACUCCAGGUAAGAUCCUACUGAUAUUUUAACAUUGACAAAUUGCAGCUAAAUUACUUUUUAAAAAUCAAAGGUAAUGCCAAUGUGAAUGAAUUCAUAUCUCCAUUUAAAAACAUACAAUAGUAGAAUAUACAGUGAAGAUUCUGCCACUGGAAACAAAUUUAAAAUAUGACUUCCAUGCUCUUUUUUAAAAAAAAUCCAACUAAGUGGCAAAGAUCACAGAUGUUGCAACCUAAUGACAUAGCACACAAGCUGAGUGGGGCAUGAGAGGAAAACAAUUCUUAAAGCAAUGUUUGUGUUUGGAGAUUGCUCAUUUUCUUUGUUCACAUUUAAUGCUCUUUCAAACUAUAUUAUAAACUUGGGUUCAAAAGUGUGAUAAAGUACAAAAUGAAAGUUGAGAUUGUCAGUGUAGGGGCUACCUGGGUUAUGAAUGACCUGACUUACAAAAGUCUGACUUUACACAAAUUCUCCCAUGCAUUUUUCAUGUUAGUAGUAAUAAUGUUAAGUUUUCAUGGCAUUUAUUAAUGAAUGGAUACAGUAUACCAGUAGUUUAAUGGGUAGUGUUAGGGUGAUUAUUCAAUGAAAUGAAAGCAAGUGUAUGCAUGAUAAUGGGUU